UUUCUCUUAUCCUAAAACAAAAAAAAAAAAAGUGAAACUAUACUCCAUUCAACCAACAAUGGCAAUUCCAAUUUCAUUGUCCCUCUCAAAACUUCACUUUCCUCCAAAACCAAAACAAACACAAUUCUCCUUAACACCUAAAGAUCCAAACUUUAUCUUCUUUACAAGAAAAAAAACCCAUUUUCCAGCACCCAUUAUCAGUAAUUCAUCACAGAAUCUGAAAAAUGUUGCAGAAAUUUUGGGUUUUUCUGGACUUGCUUUUACAACCCUAAUGGUGGGCUCUGCUUCUGGUUCAGAGUUAGCUAUAAUGGGUUCUUUUCAGUUGAAUGAACCCUCUAAUGCUCUGUCAUUACACACUUGGGCUAGUCAUGUUUCCAGUGUUGUUGAAUGGGUAACUGCUAUGGCUCUGGUUUGGCAAUACGGGGAAAAGUCAGGGUAUGAAUCUUGGAAGGGACUCUCCUGGGGUAUGGUGCCCCUGCUUGGUGGAGCACUCUGUGCCUGCACUUGGCAUUUCUUUUAUAACUCGGAGUCUCUCGAGGUUGUUGUGGCUCUCCAAGCAGCUUUGACAGUAAUCGGUAACGCCACGAUGUGCUUCGCAGCUUUACGGAUAUACAGAUCAUCACAGAAGCAAUCAAAAAAAUUGUGAGCAUCGAGUCCAGUGUACUUUCUCCAAUCUCCUCGCCCUAUCAAAUUCUGUGUCUACCGGGUACUUAACGUAACGAUCCCUAAAUUGUUUAUGCUGAAAAACAACCAUAAGAAGAGGAACAUACAGCACGUAGUGAGACACGAUGUGUAGCAUGCGAUGAAAUCGUUGCUCCAUGCGAAGUAAUGAAGAGUAUUUAGCAACAAGAUGCCACCAGUGUGGACACAGCUCGAGCUAGCUCGGGAAAAAAAUCAGAAGCGGAUUUAGAAUUUAGAAUUUGUUUUGCUUAACCUUUUCUUAGACUGAACUAAUUGUACUUUUGAAUUCAUGUGCUUAGGAUUUGAAAUUUAUUAGUAGCGACAUUUGAACCAUUUCUCGAUUAUUUCAUAGGCUACUUGCUAUAUUCAUUGGAUUAUUCUUCGAAAUAGUACUUGAAUAUGAUAAAUAAAUUAGUUUUGUCAUCUCUCCCACGGUAAUGACAUCAUGCGUUAGCAGGAUUCAAGGAAGGGUCCUGUGUUAACGGGAAAUAUUGUAAAUGACAAUUUUAAUAAACCUAAUAUUGUACCAUA